AAAGACAUGUUAGUAUUACAUGAGCGUGGAUACCUAUUUCCCCAUAAAUUCCUUAGCUGUACACCGAUCAAACUUCAUUCAAAAAACCAAAAAUGGCAAAUUCCACCGUUCAUUUUGGAAUUUUAGGAUGUGCAGAAAUCGCAAGAAAAGUCUCACGCGCUAUACUCCUUUCACAAACCGCCACGCUCUACGCCGUGGGCAGCCGUUCAGUCGACAAAGCCAAAAAAUUCGCCGCCGAUAACGGUUUUCCGGCUACUGCAAAGGUGUACGGAAGCUACGAAGAAGUUCUCGACGACCCGAAUGUUGAUGCAGUUUAUGUGCCUUUACCGACAAGCCUGCAUAUUAAAUGGGCUGUUCUUGCGGCCCAGAAAAAGAAGCAUUUGUUGUUGGAAAAGCCCGUCGGGUUGAAUGUUGAAGAAGUGGAUGUGAUAUUAGAGGCGUGUGAAUCUAAUGGGGUGCAGUUUAUGGAUGGUACUAUGUGGAUGCAUCAUCCGAGGACGGCUAAGAUGAGGGAAUUUCUUUCUGAUCCAAAGCAAUUUGGGGAACUUAAAUCGGUGAACACUUGUUUCACAUUUGCUGCUGAUCCCCACUUCCUUGAAAAUGACAUCCGUGUAAAACCGGAUCUCGAUGCUCUUGGUGCUCUUGGUGAUGUUGGGUGGUAUUGCAUUAGGGGAAUUCUAUGGGCUGCUGAUUUCGAGCUUCCUAAAUCAGUAAUUGCUUUACACAACCCUGUGUUCAAUAAGGCGGGAGUGAUUAUAUCAUGCGGUGCUUCUUUAACGUGGGAAGACGGGAAGGUGGGAACUUUCCACUGCUCUUUCCUAUCCAACUUGAGUAUGGAUUUAACUGCUGUUGGAACGAAGGGCACGUUGCACCUUCAUGACUUCAUUGUCCCUUACGAGGAGAAGAAAGCUUCGUUUGUCUCAGCAGUAGAAUCUGGAUUUAAGGAACUUGUAACGGGAUGGGAGCCAAAACCGAGUGAGCACACGGUGAUGACAGACCUUCCACAAGAAGCUCUCAUGGUGAGGGAAUUCUCUAGGCUGGUGGGAAGUAUUAAAAACGAAGGUGCAAAACCUGAGAAAAAGUGGCCAGCUCUUAGUAGGAAGACAACUCUGGUUUUGGAUGCUGUCAAGGCAUCGAUCAAAAAAGGUUUCGAAGCUGUGGAUAUUGUAAGUUGAUAAAUGUUGGUCACACAAAUUGGAUUCUUCUAUAAAUUGUUGUUAAGGUUUAAAUUGCAGUCUAGCUGCUUGAUUUGUAUGUUGAUGUAUCUGGUUUGACCGUCCUUCCAUGGCUGCAGCCAAUAAAUACUCUGGAACUUUGAUUAUGAACAUAAUCAGUGUGAACUUUUAGAA